GAACUAUUCUGUAGGGCUUAGAAAACACAAGGAGAAAGAACCAUCAGGAUUGAAUCCUUUGAGAAGUGAACUGAAAAACGAAUAAUUGUCCUUGUCUGCGAAUGUUUUGAAGAGAAAACGAUAGUACGAGAAAUAUGAUGAUGUCCUUGCAAAAUCCCCCUUUUGAAAGAAAACGAAGUAUUACUUCAAGUAGUUCUAAUCCUGAACUGACUUCUUCUAAGAAACGAAUAAAAACAGAAGUGAAACAUGAAGAAAGUAUUAUGGAUGAUGAUAAUACAUUUUCCGAUAAGAUGUAUCGUGUAUUUGUCAAAUCGGCAUUUGAAGCUCUUGACAAGAAUGAUCCCUUACAGAUCAAUACAUUAACAGAAAGAAUAAAUUUACCCAUUUCCCAUAAAGAAUCUAUUUCCCUUAAUAAUUUCAAUAUAGUAUUACAAUAUUCCAUAUCUAGUAUAUCCAAAUUAGAUAAUAAAUUAUCUCAAUAUUUAAUUUCUGCUAUAUUAAACUAUAGAUGGUUAGAGUUAGAUGUAACUAGUACUGACCAAUCAGUAUAUCGUUCAUUUAUCCAUUUAUACUCACAGUUUUUAAGUGUUCUAGUAUCCUCCUUACCAAAAUAUUUGCAUGAUGUUACUAAUAAAUUAAUUAGUGAAUUUGAUCAGUUUGAUCCUUUUAGAGAAAACGAUGGAGGACCUAUAAUAAAUCAUCAUGAAAUUUUGCAUAAAAUUAUACGGUAUGUUCCUACCUGUAUUAAUACCUUUCCAGCCAACCUUCAAAAGAACUUUCCUCAUCAUUUAUCUUCAACUACCAAAGAAUUAACUACGUAUGUCAAUAAUUUAAUUAAAUUGGCAGAAUAUUGUCCAGAAAUGCAAUAUUGUGCUUGGAGGUUAAUUAUUGAAUGUUGCAUUAAAUUGGAUGUUGAAUUACAGAAUGAAUUAGAUGAUUUGGAUGAUGAUGAGAUUGAAGAAUUAUUAAAUGGUGAUGUGGAAGAUGAUAUAGAGAAUGGAGAUGAUGUUGCUGAUGUCACUAUUACUACUCAUCCAAACGAAGAUGAUGAAUUAAUUGAAGAUGAUGUAGAAUAUAUGAUUGAUCAAUUGGAUUCAACCGCCAAUAUCAAGAUUUUACUGUCUAAAUUAGAUACUAUUUUAGAUAUCUUAUUAUCAAAAACUUCUAAUUCUUUUACUAUUGAUAAGUUAAAUGAAGGUAGUGGAGUUACUCUCUUUAACACCAUUACUUCAUUAUUUAAAUCACAUAUUUUACCAACACAUUUUACUAAGCUGACACAAUUUAUCCUUUUCCACAUUUCACAAUAUCAGCAAGAUUUGGCAGAUUCAUUUUUGGUGUUACUUAUUGAGGUUGCUUUUAAUACCAAUGAAAUCUUAGAAAAGAGAUUAAAAUCGAUGCAAUACAUAUCUUCGUAUGUUGCUCGUGCUAAGAAUAUCUCUAGACACCAAGUAGUAUUUAUUGUAAGCUAUUUAAUCGGUUGGAUUAACAAGUAUAUCAUUGAAAGAGAAAACGAAGUUUUUGAUUCUCAACAAGACACUUCUAUAUUAAGUAAGUAUCCUAGUAGAUCUGCUGGUGGUAUGGAAAGAUUCAAAUUGUUUUACGCUGCUUUCCAAGCCUUGAUUUAUAUUUUUUGCUUCAGACAUGAAUUGCUAUACAAGGCCAAUGAUACGAAUGAAGGAAUGAAUCAGAAUAGUCGUUCGAGAAAUUCUACUGAAUCGGAAUGGGAAUGUGAUUUGGAUAAGUUCUUCCAACGAGUGAUUUUGUCAAAGUUCAACCCAUUAAAGUUUUGUGAUGAAACUGUAGCUUAUAUAUUUGCUAAGAUCGCUACUAAGUUGAAUGUUUGCUACUGCUAUUCAAUUAUAGAACAUAACAAGAGAGAAAGGAUGUUGCAGACAGUUUCAACUGAAGAUGCAAAAUCUACACAUGCAUUACCUUCCAAUGUUGGGAAUUUCCGCCAAAAGCAAGAAUUUCUUGACUUAGAGGCUUAUUUCCCAUUCGAUCCUUUGGUAUUACCAUCAUCUAAGAAAAUUGUCAGUAAAUGGUAUGUUGACUGGUCAUCAGUGAAUCCUACUAACGAAGAAGAUGAUGAUGAAGAUAGUGGAAGUGCAAGCAGUCACCAUGAAGAUGAAGACUUGGAUGAAGAGGAUGACGAUAGUCAAGAGGAAGAUGCCCUUUCCAGUUCGGAAAGUGAAGACGACGAUGAUGAUGAACUAUAAAUAAAAAUGCAUCUUUGGCUGCAUGGCUGGUAGUGGUAGAUAUUUUAAGUAUAUAACGAUCUAUAAAUAGAUAAUUAUUUUGGGUAACUGGUCACAAGCACUCUCCAUGUAAAGGCUUUUUAAUUGCCAAAAAGAAAAUGUCAUUAGUGUCUGGUUUUGAAAGUUGACCGAAACUAAAAUCCUGUCGGAAACCGGAAGUCUCGAGAAAAAUUAAAAAAAAAAGAAAAUUAUUUUCAGACACAUCGGUUUGAAAAUUGUCUGAAAAUAUUUGCUUUAAAUACGAAGAAAAAAUUGCAAAUUCAGAUACUGGAAACGUGGGCUAGCCUCUUAAGCCAUGUGCUCUUAACUUGGCCAACUACAACGCGCUACUCUGUUGAAAUGUCUGUUACCAUAUACUUAGGCUUGUCGUUUUUAAAAAACUUACAAAUAAUAUUUGUGUAUAAAACCUAAAUAAAAAUUCUUAAUAAACAUGUUGCUC